AUGUUUUCCUUUGCAACGACUCUUACUCUGGGCGCCAUCGUGGCCAAUGGCCUUAUCUUGCACCCUGGCUACGACCAGGUUGCCUCCGAUCAGUACAACUUACUAAAGUUCAUGACCGGCGCUGGACCCUUUGUUGAACAUAGCGGGUUCGGCGUUCCACUGGAAACUCCUCCGCACUGUGAAAUUGAACAAGCUCAAUUAUUCAUGAGACACGGAGAGAGGUAUCCAACCGAAAGCACUGGAGAGAAGUUUAACAAUCUUUACAAGAAACUCAAGAAUGCCAACGUUACCAACUACAAAGGACCUCUGGCCUUUGUUGAGGAUCUGGAAUAUUUUGUUCCAGACACAAAUAACUAUGAACUUGAAACUACAAAGGGCAUGUACUCGGGUUUGCUUCAUGCCUUCAAGUUUGGUACCUAUCUUAGAGAAAGGUAUGACUCGUUAGUGAAUACAAGCGAAGUUUUGCCUAUAUUUGCUGCAAGCCAGGACAGAGUUGUUGAAACCGCAAGAUUUUUUGGCCGUGGCUUUUUCGGGCUGGACUAUGACGACAGUUGUUCCAUCCAGGUCAUCAACGAGACGGAUACCAGCAGAGGUGCGAACACUCUGACCACCAAGUCCAACUGUCCAACAUUCAACGAUUCUUUAUACGAUUACUCGUUUGGUGACGAGAUCUUCCAAAGAGAAGCAGACAGAUUGAAUGAGCUAUCUCCCGGCUUCAAUAUCACCGCUGAUGACAUUUCCACCAUGGGAGCCUACUGUGCGUACGAAACGAAUGUUAAGGGACAAUCGAACUUUUGCGACGCCGUUUCGAGAGAGGCCUUUAUUGCCUUCCAAUAUGAUAACGAUGUCACCAAAUUUUACCAAUUCGGACCGGGCUACAACAUGAGUGCCGUGGCUGGUGGCGUCUAUGCCAAUGCUACCGCGAAGUUGCUGCAAGAAGACGGCAAACUUUGGUUUUCGUUCUCCCACGACAACGACUUGUUGAACUAUAUUACUGCUCUUGGGCUCAUCACUGACACCGAGUUGGGAACUGAAGAUGUCGAUUUCCACAGAAGUUUCAAAACCUCUGAACUCGUUCCUCAAGGAGCCAGACUUAUUGUCGAGAAGCUGAACUGUUCUGAUACCUCUUUCGUGAGAACCAUUUUAAACGACAAGGUGUAUCCUGUUCCAGGAUGUUCCUCAGGGCCAGGCUACUCCUGUCCACUAGAGGAUUUCCUAGACAUUAUCACUCCAGAAAUUGACUAUGCGUCGGCCUGUGAGCUCCCAGACGAUGCACCUAAAGAAAUCAAAUUUUACUGGGAUUGGAAGCCAACUUUUGAAGCCAACUAG